CCAGAAGCCUUGGCAAGGAGCCAGGUGGCUUUUCUCCCAGAAGGUUAACCCUGUCCCUGCUUCGUCCCUGCGCGGCCAGCAGCGCAUCGAGCCUCGGCUGCGCCGGAAGGCCAGCAGAGUCAGGCCUGCGGGGGGGGACGGGACUCCCCGCAUUUCGCCCCGCAGAGUUCCUGUAGGGGACUUCCCGGUGGCUGCCAGAGAAGCGACCGGGCCCUGACUCCUGGCCCUCGGGGCUCCUCUCUGGCUGGGCCAGAAGGCUGAACGGAGGAGGCUGAAGCUGCCACCGCGCGAGCUUCCGCGGCCACGAGCGGCAGCGACCCCGCGCUCCGCUUCCCCAGCGCUCCUCCGUCCGGCGGGGGGAGAGCAGAGUUACCGAGCGAGAGAAAGUCGCCGCCACUUUCCCGCGGGGAGGAAGCCCCCGGGCCCAAUCCAACGGGCGCCGGGACCAGGGCCCCGGGUUGGCGGGGGGGGAGUGGGCGGGAGCGGGGCGCGCGUGGCAAGAGCGCCGAGGGGCCAACGGGGCCCGGCGGCCGCCAGAGCAGCCCCGAGCGCAGCGCAGCGCAGAGGGGCCGCCCUCCAACGGAGCCCGAGACCCUCCCUGCUUCCGCCCGCCGCUAUUUUUAGCAAUCCCGGAGGCGGCCGGCGACGAGACGCGACGCUCCUCCCACCUGGCGGCUCCUGCGGCCCCGGGGAUGCGGCUGGGGCGCGGGGUAGCCUGGAGCGCGCCGCCCCCCCCCCCCCGCCCACCAGGCGCGGCCGAGGUAGCCGGGGAGAGGCCGGCCGGCCGACUCAGCCUCUGCCCGCCAGCGGGGACGGAAUGCCGGCCGUCUUGCGCCUGGCUGGCUCCGGGCUGGGCACGGGGGACGCGGCCGGCUGGCGCGCGGGGCACUGCCGCAAGGGAGCCUCGGGGGGCAGCCGAGGACUCUGCCGGCUCGGCGUUUCCUCUCCCUCGGGGCGCUCGUCCUCUCGCCGCCCGGCCCCCCGCGUAAGCUGCUGGGGCUGCCAGGAAGGUUGGGCGGGAUCCGGAGGGCUGCGGGCUCCUUCCUCCCAGCCUUCGGGGUCAGAGCGCGAUCUGGAGAUGGGCUGGGCGCCCCCUCCUCUUACCCGCCCUUUCCCGGCCGGAGCACAGCUGCUGGGCUGGGGGCUCCACCUCCGAAGCCCUCGGAAGCCUUCCAAGCCAGCUCGCCCUCCUUCCCCUCCAGGAUGAAGUCAUGGGGGGCUGAGGGGGCGAUUUCGACAGGAAAUGAUGGGCUCUGGGGAAGGGUGGGUGCGUCGCCCAUCCUCCGCUGGGCUCCGGCCUUAGGAAGCCCCCUGCAGAGAGACUUUCUCCCCUAAAAGAGCAGGGGGUGCCUGGCCUUCCCCACUCCCCCUUUGCAUCCUUCAGACCUUGAGCUUGGGGGGGGGAGUAACCUUGGGUGGGGUGGGUUGCUUUAUGGGUUUAGAGCCCCCCCCCCCCCCCGGCCUUUCACAAUGGCCAUCUUCCCACAGAGCUUCUGCCGGAUUGUCUAUUAGCUUGUUGCAUUGGCAGUCUGGGAGUUGGGUGGAAGAGCGUGCUGGCGACCAGGCCGACAGGAGAGAGCAAAAUAGCAGAGGGUUCUUUGCCUGAAGGCUUGGUCUUGGUGUCCCUAAGGGCAGUGGGCUUUGCAGGGGGGGGGGGCACUUGCCUUCUGGGGCAGGGAGAAGCUUGCCAGGAAUGGGCUGAGUGUCCAGGAAGCUCAUGGACUCCUCCUGCAGUUGGGGUGGCCACUGAGCCCUUGGAGGCAGCAGAUUCCCCCCUUCAUCCAAGUAUGCCAGCCCCCCCCCCCCUAGUCCAGCCCAGUUUGUUGGGAGUCAGGUCUGAUCUUGUGCAGGGAGGGGCUGGGUGGAAGCCUUCGGGAGAGGGAGGGAGGGAGGCGGUUAGACCAUACAAGCUUUCUUUAGCACACCAGGGCUCUGUUUUUAGUAACCUCCCAUUUCAUUUGUUUGCUCCAGAGUUGGCCAGGGAAUUGGUGCCAACGGAGCAUUUGGUGGGAGGGGGAGCCAGGAGCACAGAAUUGCCGCUUUCCUUCUGCUUUGCCUGGGAGGUUCAGGGCUCAGAAUCCGAGCCACUGAAGGUUCUGCCUGGCCGUCCCAGAGCGACAGCGGCUGAGGGGACGGAGGGCCUUCCAGGCAAGUCCCCCCACCCCCUUGGCUAAGGCGAAGCCUCCAGAUCUCCCAUGUUAGGGGAGGGCACAGGCCUGUCUGCUGUGGCUGUGCUUCCUGCCUCCAGAUCCCCCCUCCCAAUUGCAGGAGCCAAAGCUAGUGGGAGGUUAUUCCCCCCGGGUCCCCAAUUCAGUGCCGCUCAGGCUCCGCCCAGCAGCAGGCAUGGCUGCUUAGUGGCUCAGGGAGGCUGGGAAUCUGGGGAGAGGAGGAGGAGACCCACCCCCCACCCCACCCCUGGGUCUUUGGGUUCCUCUCUUCUUUUCCAAUACUAAGCCUGGCUGUGGCCGGAGCUCCCACUGGCCUCCCACUCUCCACCACGUGAGAGGGCUGCCAGCUGGAUGCCCACCAGAGAUCCCCUCUGGCAUGGAGCAGCCCCUUGGCCCUUUCCUGGCUGGGCCCGGCUGUGGCACCCAGGGUAGGACCGGCUGGAACAGGCAUUGCGAGGAGGGCACGUGAUCUGCCUGGGCCAGGCCACCUUCCUGCGCUUCAGCCACCCAGCCGAGGCCGAGUGGAUGAAAAGACAAGCGGAGUGGCCCAGCCCAGAGGGCCCCUGUGGGCUGGGAGCAGCCGGGUGGCAGAGCCCCGUCAACGGCGACUCCAAGGGGGCUCCGCUCUCCCUGGUCAGCUCCAUCGAGAGAGACCUGCAAGGCAUUAUGGAUUCCUUGGUGCUGCAGGAGGAAAGCGGCGAUAGGAGCCCUCCGUCCCCAACAGCCAUGUCUCUUGCGAACGGCAAGGGGGGCUGCUCCCUUCUGUCCCCACCCCAGAGCCCCGGCAACGCCUCCAUGGGGUCCACCUAUGAAAAUGCCUCCUCUCCCCCCUUCUCUCCGCUCUCCUCCCCUGCCAGCAGCAGCAGCAGCAGCUGCCGGAGCCCCCUGGCCGGCUGGCAGGAGAAGGUCCCCGCCCUCCCCCCUGCAGUGCCUGUCCGAUCCUCCAGUUACUGCCAUGCUGCGUUGUUGCCCCCCGGGGGGGCUUCCCUGGAUCCUUCGAGCAGUUCCAGUGGCUUCCUAAGCUCUGCUUGCAGCUCAGGGAGCCCCCGGGCUGAGCGGAAGGCCAGGCGGGAUGGCCCCACGAGCCCCCUGCCAAGGCGCAAGAUCCGGCCUCCUGCAGAGGGUCCUUCUCCCAGCCAGCAUGGUGGCUCUCCACUGGGUAGCCCUCGCCCGCCAUCACCCGGGAACCCUUGCUUGGCCAGGGCUUUCCAGCUGCCCGGGAUGCUGCAGGGCAAGGCUGCAGCCCCCCAGGACCCAGGGCCCGGCUCCUUCUUGAAAAUGCUGCCGGUCAGGGCUCCCCGAUCAGCCCAACUGGGGAAGGCAGCCUGCCAAGGGUCGGAGCUGCCAGGUGGCGUCUCUCAGUCUGUCCGCACCCAGCGGGUCCCCGAGAGUCCCCAGAUCAGCCGGAGACCGACAGAGAGCCUGCGGGAGCGGCCCCCCGUCAGCCCGGCCCUGGGGCGCCGAGCAGUGUCCCCGGCCCCUGGAAGCAGCCUCUCCUCCUCACAGGGCAAGCUUGGGGAGGGUCCCAGGGGGUUGCAGAGAGAAGCGCCUUCCGCUCCACCCUCCUCCUGCUUGAGGAGCCGCAGCCCCUCGCCUCCCUCCCUCCCUGGAGAGCGCACCCGGCACAAGCCCCGUGGUGGACCUGGCCUCAGCUCUGCCUCCAGCUUAGGGUGCCUCGUCCUGCCCUCGGACUCUCCCCAGCCAAGCCACCAGGGGGCUGGUGGGUCCCAGCUGUUGGGCCCCACGCGGGAGCGCAAGCAGAGCACCUCCAAGCUGCUGGGCGUGCAUGAGAGCGGCCUGCUGGAGUACCAUCGAUGGCAGCGGCAGGAGCGUCUCCGGGAGCAAGAGAUGGAGCGCUUGGAGCGCCAGCGCCUGGAGACCAUCCUCAGCCUGUGUGCCGAGUACACCAGGGGGGACACUGAGCUGGGCCAAGAGGGCAGUGCCAAUGCUGCUGCUGAUGGGGCGCUCCCCCUGCCAGGGAGCAGCCCCCCCCGGGAGCGAGGGGAGGAGGAGAACUUGCAGGAGGAGAGCAGCAGCACCGAGAGUGCUGGUCAGGAGCAUGAGGUGCCACCCGCCCCAGAGCUGGCCCUUCUGGAAGAGGAGCACGCCCGCCUCCUGGCCAGCACAGAGCGCCUCAAGAGCCGCCUGAAGGGGCUGGAGCAGCAGCUGCGAGAGACCGCUUGGGAGGCGGAGAUGGAGCAGGCCCUCCUCCAGGGCGAGCGAGAAGCGGAGAUCCUGCAGCUGCAGCAGGAACAGCAGGCGGUGCAACUCCUGCAGGAGCAGCUCUGCGGCCUGGAUGCCAGCGCUCGCCACGAGUGGGAGAAGGAGAGGGAAAGGGUGGAUGCGGAAAGGAAGGCGCUUGAGAAACUGCGGGAGUUUUACUCUGAGCUCAAGAGCCAGCUUGAAAACUGCCCCGAGGCAAUGAGGGAGCAAGUGAAGGACCAGAUGCAAAGGGAAGCGGAGGCCCUGGAGACGGGGACCAAGCUCUUCGAAGACCUGGAGUUCCAGCAGCUGGAGAAGGAGAGCCGCUGGGAGGAGGAGCACGAGAUGCUGCACAGCGAGGCCCAGGGCCGCCACCGCCUGGCCCGCCGGAAGGAACGCGUGGCUGCCCUGGAGGGCCAGGCCAAGCAGCUACGGCUGCAGGCUGCUCAGGAGGCCGACCGGCUGCACCAGGAGAGGAGGGCCGCCCUGCAGCGACUCCAGCAGGAGAAGGAAGCCCUCCUGGGGCUGGAGCAACAGUUCUGUGCACUCACCGGCGGCAGCGCUGCCUUUCCCAAGCGCUCGAGCGGUCUCCGAGAGGGCUCUCCACCCCCAGGGGGCAGAAGAGGCAGCCCCCCCUGCAAGCUGACCGGCUCCCUUCUUGACCUGGGGAGGAAGCGUGAGGCGUCCCUGCAACACAAGGGGCAUCGGGCAGUUCAGGACCAGUGGCAGCACCUGGCUGACCUGAAGCAGAAGGCGGCAGUGGAGGGUCAGGCCCUGCGAAGGAGGGCCCCCUUCUCCCCCCUCGUGCCCUACUCUGGCCUCCACCAUCACCCCUUCCUGGGCAACGACCCCGAGCCAGCCUACGACACCCUCAGCCUGGAGAGCUCGGACAGCUUGGAGACCAACCUGUCUCUGAGUGGGAACUCGGCCUGCUCCCCAGACAAUGCCUCCAGUGCCAGUGGGGCAGAUGCCAGGAAGAUCGAAGAGAUGGAGAAACUGCUGAAAGAGGCGCAGGCUGAGAGGUCCCGCCUGAUGGAGUCGCGGGAGCAAGAGAUGGAGCUGCGUCACCAGGCCUUGGAGGACGAGCGGCAGAGGCGGGAGCAGCUGGAGCAGCAGCUGCAGGAUGAGACGGCACAGCGGCAGCAGCUGAUUGAGAGAGAGGUCAAGAUGCGGGAGAAGCAGCUGGCUCAGGCUCGCCCCCUGACCCGUUACUUGCCCAUCCGCAAAGAGGACUUUGACCUGCGCUGGCACAUCGAGUCCUCCGGCCACAGCGUGGACACCUGCAGCCACAUCAUCCUCUCGGAGAAGCUGUGCAAAGGCUACCUGGUCAAGAUGGGGGGCAAAAUCCGGUCCUGGAAGAAGCGCUGGUUUGUCUUUGACCGCCUGCGGCACACCCUCUCCUACUACAUGGACAAACACGAGGCGAAGCUGAAGGGCCUCAUCUACUUCCAGGCCAUCCAGGAGGUUUACUACGAUCACCUCCAAGGCGCAGCCAAGAAGAGAUUCUUCCCUCCCAGCCUGUCCAUGAGCCCCAACCCCGCCCUGACCUUUUGCAUCAAGACCCACGACCGGCUCUACUACAUGGUGGCCCCCUCGGCAGAAGCCCUGCGCAUUUGGAUGGACGUCAUUGUCACGGGGGCCGAAGGCUACACCCAGUUCCUCAACUGAGGCAGCAGAGCCACGAAGAGCCCCUCAAGAUCUUCCCUCGGGCGGCCUCCGAAUGCGGGCAGGGACCCCUCUGCUGCCAUGGGUGCCUGGGAUGGGCCCGCGAGUGGCGAAAGCUGGGCUCCCGUCAGCAGCCUCAGAAGUCCAGGUGGUCCCCAACCGCCAGCGUCAGAGCAGCAGCAGGCAGGAGAUCAGCACCGUCAGGCUUUGCAGUGCAGGGCUCCCCCCCCCCCCCCCAGCCCACAUCCGGUGCAGACAAGGCCCAGAAGUCACCUUGGCUCCCUCGUCUCCAGGGCCGGCCUCCUCUCUCUUUGCAAAAUGGAGAAUUCCCCCCCCCCCCGGGAACGGCUCCCCCUUGCAGCUGGGCAUGCCGAAAUUGUUGGAUGGAGUCUUUGCAGCCACGAGGCAGGAGAGCAGAAUAAAGCUUUUUGCAUACUUUCA